AUGCAAGAUACAGAAUAUUUUGACGACUUAGCAGAAACUUUGACAUCUGACUUUUACAACCACUUGUUCUCAUAUUUCAUGACAUUAGAUAUUUCUAAGUUCAAUCCAAGACAAAUUCCACAUACCGAAGAAAGACAAACAUUGUUAGAAGCAAACAAGAGUGUAUAUGAACUGUUUAUAGAUGAGACUAACUUUGAGUGUUUAGAUGAAAGGUCAUUGUACGAUUCGUAUAAACAAUAUUGUCAAGAAUAUGGUUAUAUGGCAGCGUCUAAACGAACAUUCUUGGCAAAUGUCAAAAGUCUUUUAGAUGUUCAGAACGGCGUAUAUACAAAGAAAAAUUUUUAUGAGUAA